AUGAUACAAUCUAGAUUAUCUCUGGCAUUAUUCAGAACUUCUUUACGUUCUAUAUUGGUACCAAGACAACAAUCUGCAAGAUUAUUAUCCUAUUCCAGGAUAUCAUUCAACAGCGCCAGUAAGUCUACUACUCCAGACAAAGUACCUACGGCAACAAAAUUAUCGGAAGUUAAUGGUCCAGAAACUUUAAUUGGUCCAGGUGCCAAGGAAGGUACCAUUCCUUCUGAUCUAGAACAGGCUACAGGUUUGGAAAGAUUAGAGUUAUUGGGUAACUUAGAGGGUAUUGAAGUCUUUGAUACAAAGCCAUUAGAUUCUUCAAGACGUGGUACAAUGGACGACCCAAUCAUUGUUGAUUCUUACGAUGAUUACAGAUACGUUGGAUGUACUGGUUCUCCAGCUGGUUCCCAUACUGUUAUGUGGUUAAAGCCAACUGUUGAUCAAGUAGCUCGUUGUUGGGAGUGCGGUUCUGUUUACAAAAUUAAUCCAGUUGGUGUUCAAAAACCACAUGGUCAUGAACAUGAAGAUAAGAUAAGUGUUCCUUAA